AUUUUUAACUUCAAAACACGAACUAUUCCUGUUGAAGUUUUCUCUCCUUUCCCUGCCUCCCUAACGGAGUCCCGUCCUCUGCUGCAGCAGGCACCCUGAGCCACCUCCCUGCGAUCUGUCUGCUCACAAUCAAGGGAUGCAGGUGCAGCAGAUGCUGACUCAGCUGGUGCCCUGAAGAGUUAAGAAGCAAAAAGAAAUUGAGAAACUAUGGGCAAGACAUGCAGGCCUCCAUCUGGGCAGCACAGGCAUUGUGAGAGAUGCUUCAACCGCCACUGUCACAUUCCUGUGGAACCAAACAUCUCCUGCCUGAUGAUAAACUGCCACCUUCUCUGUGGUGCCGUCUUCCAUAUGUGCAAAGAGUCAGAACAUGAGCUCCUUUGCCCCUUAGAGCAGGUUCCAUGCCUCAACUCUGAAUAUGGCUGCCCACUUACCAUGUCUCGCCACAAGCUGGCCAAGCACCUGCAAGUGUGUCCUGCCAGCGUGGUCUGCUGCUCUAUGGAGUGGAACCGCUGGCCCAAUGUGGAUUCUGAAACAACCCUUCAUGAGAACAUCAUGAAAGAAAUCCCCAGUGAGGAGUGUUUGGACACAGCCCUGGCCCUCCAGGACCAAAAGGUCCUUUUUAGAUCCUUGAAAAUGGUGGAACUUUUCCCAGAAACUAGAGAAGCCACUGAGGAGGAACCAACUAUGGAUGGUGAAGAAAUGGGAGGAGCAGUGGGUGGAGCAGAUGCUGGUAUGGUACCACACGGCUCUCUGUCAGCAACUAAUGGAGAGAUGGUAGAGCUGAGUCAAGAAGAACGAGAGAUAUUAGCCAAAACCAAAGAAGGGAUGGAUCUAGCCAAGUUUGGCAAGUGGGAAAAUAUGUUCAGCAAAGAGCAUGCAGCCUCCAUUUUAACAAAUUCAUCUGCCAGUUGUGAGAGCAAGAGUAGAAAUGAUUCAGGGAAAGAACAGAUUUCUAGUGACAAAAACAUGGUAGAAGGAAAGGACACAGCCAAAGGGAAAGAACCACAGGAAAAUGAGAAGCAGAAGGACUUUCAUUCAGCUGUGGAAACGAUGGGGCUUGCCCCUUGGCAGGAUGGUGUUCUGGAAAGAUUAAAAACAGCUGUCGAUGCAAAGGACUAUAAUAUGUAUCUGGUGCACAAUGGGAGGAUGCUUAUUCACUUUGGUCAGAUGCCUGCUUGUACACCUAAGGAGAAAGACUUUGUUUAUGGCAACCUUGAGGCUCAGGAAGUUAAGACUGUUUACACCUUCAAGGUUCCUGUGAGCUACUGUGGAAAGCGGGCUCGAAUUGGAGAUGCCAUGUUGAGUUGUAGGCCAGGAGAACACAAGGCAGUAGACACUUCAGAUUUGGGGAUCCCUGUGGAGGAACUGCCAAAAUCAGAUCUCAUCAAGACCACCCUUCAGUGUGCUUUGGAAAGAGAACUGAAAGGUCAUGUUAUCUCCGAAUCCAGGAGCAUUGAUGGGCUGUUCAUGGAUUUUGCCACACAGACCUACAACUUUGAGCCAGAACAAUUUUCCUCUGGGACGGUUCUAGCUGACCUGCUAACCGCUGCCAGCCCAGGGGGCCUCCACGUGGAGCUCCACAGUGAGUGUGUGACCAGGAGACACAACAAGAGCAGCUCUGCCUUCACGUUUACUUGCAACAAAUUCUUCAGGAGGGAUGAAUUCCCCCUGCACUUCAAGAAUGUCCACACAGACAUUCAGUCUUGUCUCAAUGGCUGGUUCCAGCAUCGAUGCCCCCUAGCCUAUUUGGGAUGUACAUUUAUUCAAAACCAUUUCCGUCCCCCAGGGCAAAAGGCGAAGGUGAUCUAUAGUCAGGAGCUCAAGACCUUUGCCAUCAAGCCCGAGGUUGCAUCAGAGCUGAGUGAGGGGACGAAGAACAAAUACCCCGCAGGCCAUGGAAGAAAAAGCCAGAAUUCUCUAACUAGCCUGCCCCUGGAGGUUUUGCAGUACAUUGCUGGGUUCUUGGACAGCAUCAGCCUGUCCCAGCUCUCCCAGGUGUCUGUGCUGAUGAGGAAUAUCUGUGCCACUUUGUUACAAGAGAGGGGGAUGGUCCUCCUGCAGUGGAAAAAGAAGAGGUAUUCCCAUGGAGGCACCUCCUGGAGAGCCCAUGGAAAGAUCUGGCAGUUCAGCAGCCUCUUCUCCAAAAUCAAGAGCUGGGAGUUUAAUGAAGUCACUUCCAUGUCUGAGCACCUGAAGGUCUGUCCAUUCAACAUAGUAGAGCACAAAACUGAUCCCAUUCUUUUGACCAGCAUGCGUGAGCCCCAGAAGCAGGUCCGAGAGAGUUUAGUUUCCACCUUUAGACCCAGAUACCGAGGAAGAAAAGCCUUCUAA